UACGGAAGGAGAGAAUCAGAGAAACAAGAGGUCAACUGGAGGACCAGUCUCCCCCAUCUGGCCACCGUUCAUUUGUGACCAUGGUCCGCAAUGUGUCUAUUCCCUUCCAACUGCUCAAAUUACCUCAAAAAUCGAUUGUCUAUGUACUUCACCGAUUGCUUAUUGCAGAUUUAAUAGGAUUUUCAUUAAUAUCUCAAACUGCAAAGGAACGAACCAAACAUCUUGGUCUGAAAGCCAAAUGUGUCUGUAUUGGAAUAGAUUCGCAAAUAUCGAUUCUUAUUUCCCUCCAACAUGACCAAACACGUUUCAUAUUCUACACUAACGAAUACCGAAACCCCGAGCAUCGUCUUGAAGAGGAGGAAUCAAUUAAAAUGUCUAUUGAUACCCGGCUGGGGGAAUGGAAGACCCCGAAAUGUUGUGUCAAACAAUUUUUGGAUCAUGUUUUUGAAAUAUUUCAUGAAAAAACGAAAGUUUUAAGUCUAAGAUUUACAACUGAUCAUUACGAAAAUGCUCUUUUUGAUGAUCUCGGCGGGUUGGAGAUUGAAUAUUUCUACAUGCAUUCAUCACCAAAUUCGAAAAGUUUAACCAGUCAAAGAGCACUGAAACAAUUUUCCCGUGCAGCAAAAAUAAUUAAUAUAAGCCAUAAUCCAUUCCCAACAGAGUCAUCAAUAGAAUUGCAAAGGAUUUUAAUACGAAACAUGGGAAUGGUUCAACUAAAUCGACCAAUGAACUAUACUCUAAACGAUCUAUUCGUCACUAAUGCUUCUACAGUCCAGGCUCAAAUUCCUGUUAGAGAUGUCAAUACGUUCUUAAAACACUGGAUUCGGGGAAUCGACAGGAAUUUUCAUUUCGCUUAUUUUUUCUUUGAAGAUCACGAAUUGGAAGUUGAAAAUGCAAUUGAAGAGCUCUUCAAGAAUGUGAAUUAUCAAGUUGCACCAGCGGAAAGAUUAUUGAUACUUUAUCCGAUCGGAUAUCAAGAGAUCUUGCAUAAAGGUGGUUAUGAUGUUCGACGAAUUGAUGGAACAGAGGCAACUAUGGAUGUUUAUCGGAAUCGGGCGUGGAUGUACAUUUCAUCAUAUUAAUACCCGGUCAGAUGUCAGUCACGCAAUAUGGAUCACCAUGUUCUAUUUUCACACAGCCUAUCCAUCCGUGCACAAGAGCAACCGCAGCGACGAUUUCCCAAUAAUCGAAUUAUUUUUCCAAACUUUGCCAUUUAUUAAUUAUCUCCAAAUAAUCCAAAUUAUCUUACCUUGUCUAAAGAUUUGAUAAACUCCGUCUCGU